CCCGCCGCCCCCCGCCCGCUGACCGCGCGGGCCGGGACACCGCCGAGGCCCGGCGUCCCCGGGAAGGGGGCGGGACGGGCGGCCGAGCCCCCCGCCGGCCUCGGGGUCCGGAUCCAGGAGGACCCCGCUGGACCAGGUCAGCCCCGGUGAGCUUCCCCCCUCCCGGGCGGCUUGCGGGUCCUGAUCCCCGGGGGCGGCCGGGCCGUUGGCGAACCCGCUGAAAGUUCCGUGCGCGCCCCCGGGGCAAGAUGCACUUGCACGCAGACUUUUUUUGCACGUUGCUCAGGGGGCACUCAGGCCCGCUUGGAGCCCGACACCCACACAGCCCGCGAGGGUCUCGAUGGGCCCCCCGGGGUGAGGAGGAUGGAUUGACGUGGGGUCGGCACUGAGCUCCCCGCUCCGUCCCAUCUCACCCCAGUCCCAGUUCGUCCCGCUAUCAACAGAGGCAAUGCUCCGAUGUUAUAAGGUACAAGAGGUCACUGUCCCAUUUGGCCCCAGGGAAGAACAUUUUCUGGCUUCUUCUAUCCAGUUACCCAACUCCAGCUCUCAGAGAAUCUCAAAUUUUGAUUUGUUUUGGGAGGUGGGGAGAAAGUACCACGGCGGUGGGGAAGCAGAUGCUCAGCUGGGGUGGGGGCGAGUGUACUGCUCUGACCCUGAGGGCGGCAAUGCUUGAAGAGCAGAGGUCUUCCCAUUUUGUUUUGGAUGCUCCACCCCCCCCUCACCUAUGGGGACCCACACAGAAUCUGCCUAGAGAAAGUAUCUUGUUUGGAGCCUGCUGGCUAUUUUUAGCUAGUAUUUUUAGCAUUUAAAAAUACUCUGAGAAGCAGCAGCGUGUGCUGUUACUCAUCUGUGGCCUCCUUCUGUUCCUCUCUGCGUGCUCAUCGCCACAUGUACACGCGCACUGCACACACGACCACAGCCACAUGGGGGGAUGUAUCCAGGACACAUGUAGGGAGGGGAUGAGGCUACUUGAUGGUAAGCGAGGGGGGGGCACAGGAUGAGGAUGGUGAGCUCCCCAGUCACUGUCUUCCCUCAGUGACCAAAUCCUGGACACAUUGCUACAGCCUUUUCCUCCCUGCUUCCCUCUUUCCAGGCACAAUCUUUGGAGCCAGUCCUACAGUGUCUGCAGGAAUGCGUGCAUUUAAUGACGCCACACCUCUGCCCCCAAACACCUGGAGCACCUGACUCUUGCAUCCAGUCCAGAAGCUGAGGUAGUUCUGUCGGUGAGGCUGUCUGUCCACAGACUCCUUCCAUUGUCACCACCAUGGCUCUUCUCUGUUCCCUGCUGCUAACCAACCUGCUCUUAUUUCUCUGCUUCAGCACUUGCCAUUUCUCACUUAAAAGACAAAACUGCCACUGAUUAAGUACUUACUAAAUGCCAGGCACUGGCUAAGUACUUUAUAUACAUUAUCCCAGUGAACUUGCAUAAUUAACACAAUGAUGGAGGAGCUAUUAUCUCUAUUUUCCAGAUGAAGGACCUUAAGUCCAGAGAGGUCAGAUGACUUGCCAGAACCACAAAGCUAAUAAAUGACAGUGUGGGGCUUUGAACCCCAACCUGUCUUAUGGCAAAACCCAUGCUUUUAACAAUUACCAGGAGAUUCUGGAAUCCCCUUUCCUGCUCCCUGCCAUUACCGGCUUACAAAUUCUGCGCAAACCUUGUGUUUUCCACCAAGCCCUCUCUAAAGAACUCCAUCCAGCUUGAAACACCCCAUCACUGCAUACCCCUUGUCUGCUGGCAUUCAGGUUACACUGUACUAAUUUAUCUUAAUAUGUUUAUUUUUGUUUUAUAAGUGUCUUUAAGUCUUCUGUAAAGGGUUUUAGAUCAUGUGUUGAUUAUGCCAUCACACUGAAACCUCCUCAGGGUCAGGGCUGUGGAUUCUCUUAGUGGGUGCUUCAUAAAUGGUGUUGAUCUCAUCUCUAAGUGGGGGCCAGACCAGGCUCUGUGGGGUAUUCUGGAAGUUCCACUGAGCCUCACAGGGUGGGGUGAGUCUGGAUUUGCAUGUUGAGUAAGCACUGUCUUGACAGGUGCUCACCUACGGGAGCAUUGUGCCUUUUGCUCCAUGACUUAAGCCAGCGAUAGGAGUACUCCCACCCCAGGACAUCCUGGCAUUCUGCUAGCAUACUCACUCCCUCUUUCCUGGGAUGUAGAAGGUUAGGGACAUUGCUGGGAGCAGGGGGGUCUAGAUGAGGAAAGCUACUUGCAUGGGGGCUCUUUGAGAAGCCUGGGGUACAGGGAAAGAAUUCACAUAGGGUCUGGUCUUGUCAAGCAGGUCUGACUGCUGCAGGACACAACCAGCAAGGAACCAUGGCUCAUUUCUCAAUUGGCCAACCCCCCACGACACCCUUUCUCCUCGGUGCCAUUUUGCGAAGUGGGACGGGUAAAGGAUGCAUGUAGUCUUCUGGGAUCUGAACCUGGCUCCGGUUCUGUGACUCUUUGCCUCAAAUGUGCUGAGCUAAUCUGAACGGGGCUCAUUCCUCCAGCCUGAGACUGCCAUUUCUCAGAGCCUGUGCUUGGCCUGUCUUCCCUGUGGUUAAGAAAGCUUCUUCACCUCAAAUCCUUUUUGGCACGGAUGGAGUAUAAAUAAAUUAGAGUCAGGGUUAGCUCUGUGAGGGUAGUACUGAGAGUAUCCUGCUUCCUCAGAUCUCACUGAUGGCUUGGUUCACGGGUUUGAAACACUGCUCAGACCCAGGCAAAUGCUUCCCUGCGAAGCAUGUACCUGUCAUGACCACCACAAGUGGAUAGCCUGGUGGCUCCAUUGCCUGAUUGAACUGUUAGGGGUGCAGAGUUCUUGUUGGGGGUUGGGCUCCCAGCCCACAAGUGUUCCAGGGGAUAGAGGGCCCUUUGCUUCCCUGCAUCGCUAGUUCCCACCCCAGGAGGCCAAAAGCUCUGUACUCCUUUGAGCCCUAGGGCAGUCUGGCCUAAACCAGCUGGAUUCCAGAGGCCCACACACUUCCCUCCCUUGCUUAUAUUUCUGUGCAGGUGCCAGUUUUACCUAUCCAUUGAGGUGAGAGGGUGUAGGGGGCCAUGUGUGACGCUCUGGGCCUUGAACAGGAUGUUCAUUUCUGUACCUGCUGGUCAGUGGAGCGGCUCCCCCACGGGCAAGGAACAUUUUGCCAGGCUCCGAUUAACUUUUCCCUUGCUGAGCCCCAUUCCAGCACCACAUUAAUUCAUGAAGACAUCCUGGAGCGGGGUGGAGGAGGAGGAGGCAGGGAGGCUGAUGCUGGGCGCUGAUUAAGAAAUUGAGCCUGGGUAAGGUAGCACUGGGGCCACCAGCCAGGUCACAGCCCAUAGCUGGUCUUCAAGGGAUGGAGACUAUCAAUAUCUUGCUGACUCUGAACACAAACCCAAAGCGUUUGUCCUUUCUCAGCAGCUAGUACUCCUCCUGGCCCUGGGACCCUCUGGCCUAAGGUCUCCCAUGAGCGUGAGAGUGUGUGACCUCCCCAUGCUGUCCACAGAGAUUCAAGCCCUCAGGAAGUGGGUGAGGGCAGCCCUGGGGUCUCAGGCUGCUAAGCUGGAUAAACAAGACAUUGGGGGAUGCACUUCAGCGUGGCUGAGUAAACAGAGAGAGAAGGCAGGGGAGGAGAGAGGUGGGUCACACUUCUCUGCUCCUCACCCAGGACCCCCAGGGCAGUUCUUGCCGCCUUUAUCUUGUUCUCUUUGGAGUAACCCCUGCUCACUGCUUGGCAGCAGUCAAGUUCAAAGUCCCACCCAAGAGUGAAAUCACAUGACCUCCGCUUACAUAAUCUCCCUGUCACUUAACAGCUGGGAACCCAAGGCUUCAGGAGAUGAGUCAGCAGCCCCUUGGCAAAUAGGACCCAGGUGGCACAUACCUGCCUCUUCUCCGAGGAUGGACGAGUGGAGCCGGGCGCAAGCAUGGAGCUGCGGGAUAUGUGUACUAUUAUCUCCAUUUUAUAAAAGAGGAUACUGAAGCGCAGAGAAGCUCAUCAACUGGUGCUGGCAGUGUCCCUGAGGCAACAGUGGAAGCACCAGGGAAGGAGCCAGGAGCCCUGCUGUCCCCUCGCUGACCUCCAGGCCCCUGCACCUGUCACAGCUCUCUUCCCAGAGCAUCUGGGCUCCGUGGUUCCCUCCUGCUGGGGAAGCUGCCCUCCACGUGGGCACAGAGGCUGCCCUGGGCCUGGAGCGCCGGCUGCCGCUGCCCCUCUCCCUGCCAGCCUGGGCCUGGAACUGCUGCCCUGCCCAGCUGCCUGCCUGGCACAGAGGAGCUCGCCGGACCCUCUGGGGCAGCGGUGGGAGUGGGAGGAAUUGGAAAGAAACCAUCUGUGGACACUCUGCUCACCACCCCACGCGGACGUACUUGACCGGGAGCUGAGGACUCAGACAAACCUGGGGCAGCUUCCAAGCCGGCUAGUUGCUUUCUGUUACCUUCAGGGCUUUCCAGGGAUCUCACUCCCUGCCACCACCACCACCACCCCAGAACUGGCAGAAAGGAAGAGGACAUCCGGUUAGCAACCAGCUUAGUGGUCUGCACCUUCUAGGAUCAGACUCUAGGACUUUGUCACCAAAGGGCUGCUCCACCUCUGUCUACUGCCCAGCUCCUCCAGGAAGACCUCCCAGAUUAGGCGGGAUGUGGAAAAUCCACGCUGCACAGCAGCAGAGCGGGGCGGAUGCUAGCUCCUAUACGCUUUGGAAUUCAUCUUUGUUCUCCAUCCCCACUGGCCCCCAUCCAGACUCCCCGUAAGCCUCCCCCCCAACUAGCGCAGUCUCUUCCCCGCCCCCCACCUCCAGCAGAGUCUCACUUCCUUAUUUUCUCAACACCCUCAGAUGAGACUCUAACCACCCCUACCCCCAUUUAAGUAAAUCCUAAGCUCUUCCCUUCAUAACUUAAUGUGCUCAGCAUCUUAUUCUCGCAGCUGCCACCGCUGCCACCGCUGCCACCACCGCGUCCCCUCCUCCUCAAGCCCCGCCCAGGCGCAGGCCACAGCCAAGUCCACAUACCUGCCUCCAGGCUCUCCUCCAACCCAUUCACCACUUUCUAAAACAUAAAUCAUUUUCUAUUUAAAAUCCUUCCAUGGGUUUCCUGCAGCCCUGGGGAUCAAGUGCAAAGUCCUUUUGGGCUCCAGACCUCAUCUUGGGCGCCGGAGCCCACAGCCACCUCCUUCCUCCCUGCUCUGUCUCUCUCCCGCCACAGGGAACGUCAUCCGUUGCCUGCCAAGUUACUCCCUCUGCUGCAAGCCCCUACCCUGUUACCUGUGCCCCAGUCCUCUUCAUCCUUCCUGAGUGACCUUACCCUUGAUUUUGAGGAGGAGGUUUCCUGGAGCACCCCCCCACCCCGCCGAGUGAGGGAUCCAGCACCCGAGGGCCCCAGUACAAUACAUCUAUCAUAGCAUCUCUCCUAGUGUGGGCAAAGAGUAGGCAUACGGUAGGCAGAAGGGAGCCCUGCGUGGUUGGUGGAGGAGGCUCCGAGCCAGCUGGGGUUCCAGGCCAGGCUUAGCCACAUCUUGGGUCUGAAAUCGCACAUUGGUCAAGGGCAGGGCCUACACAGGAGGACACAGCAUGGUGUCAGCAGGUAGGGUAGGAGGACAGAGCUGGAAAGUGAGGCCUCCCAUCUGCACCCAAGAUAAGCAGGUCAGGGCUGGAAUCUUCUUGACUGAAAUCAGGAAGCUGUACCCCAAAAGGUAUCCUGCUGGUCUCACCACAACCCCACAUCCUCUGCUUGCUUCCCACUUGCCACGUCUCGGUUUCUUUCCUCUCUCCUCUGCCCCAAUUCCUAGCACACAGCCCUGCCUCCUUCCUCACUCUAGACCAGAGGUGAAAAAUAUUCUUCUCACCCAAGCAAGCUGCAGAGGAGGCCCUGCUCCCAAGGUCUCAGCCCUGUGAAGCCUGCACGCUGCGCCCCCCUCCAGCUCUGCACCCCUCCCAGUACAUCCUGGGUUCCUCCUGGCUUAGCCCUUUGAGGCCUGGAGGAGCCUGGAAGGCCGGGCUCGAAGUCUGGGGUUUGCACAGGUCCCAUCUCUGCAGCCCACGCCAACUGUGUCCACCCCACCUGCGCAGACGACACACCUCCCAGCAGACAGCCACGGCAGCCAGGGCCCCCCUCAGCAAGGGUGCGUCUUUAAUGAUACAUUUUGGGGAGUGUAGGCAGCAGCCUCUCCAGAGAGCUGGUGUGGGGGUGGGAGAGGCGGGGGGCUGCCAUGAAAACAGAGGGAGAAUCCCUUAGGCCUCCCCAGGAGAACCUCUUGAAAGCUCGGUAUCAACAUAUGCAUUGUCUCCGUCCUGCCGCCUGUCUGGAAGUGGAGUCUCUAGAUCUGCCUCUUGCCAGAAGGGACUUGUCGGACCACCCCAGUGCCCAGCUCUGCCCACGCCCUGUCCGGCUCCAGGCGGCUGUCUGUACCCGAGCCUGGGGGCUGGGCCUGUGUGGGGAGGGGCAGCGAGGGGUGGGCAUGGGGCAGGGAUGUCCUGUCUGCUUCCCGGGAGGCCCAUUCUAAGAGUGGAGGGUUGAGUGGGAGACUGACGGGGAAGGCGUUAAGAGGACCAGGGUGGGGGUGCAGAAGACAGUAACUCAUCCACGAGCACUGACUUUGAGUUCAGACGGGCCUGGGCUUGUUCGCACUCCUUACUGGCUGGGUGACUGCAUCACCCUCUCUGAGCCUCAGUUUGUCAUGAAUGAAAUGGGUACAAUUAUAGUGCUGUUGCCUAGGGUCGAUUUGAGGAUUAAGUGAGAUAAUUCAUAGAAGCUCUUAGCACAGUGCUUGGCACAUAGUAAUGCUACAUAAUGGGUUGUCUAAUUGUUAUUACAGGCUCGGGGAAAGAAGCCACCUAGAAAUCAGGCAAGCUGGUUUCUAUUCUGGCUCUGCCAGCCUCCGCGUGAUCUUGCGCAAGCCCUCGCUGUGAUGAGGCCGCGGUCCCGGGGCAGAGGUCCUUAACCUUGGUGCUAUUGACAUUUAGGGCCUGAUAAUUCUCUAUCGUGGGGGCUAUCCCGCGUGCUGCAGGGUGUUCAGUAGCAUCGCUGGCCUCUGCCCAUCCUUCCUCCUCUGGGACAGCAAGAAAUAGCUCUAGAAAUUGCCAAAUGUUCCCUGUGGGACAAAACAGCCUCCAGUACAGACCACUGGCCUAGAGGGAAGGGCGGGGAGCUCAGGCAGGGGUGCUGCAGGGUGUGGGGAUGUGCAGGGCAGACCUCGGCGUGGCUGGUGGGCUCUCAGGAGGGGAACUGUCCUGGGCCCUGGGGCCCAGUGGCGGGUCAGAGCAGGGGUGCAGGCCUUCUUGCCUGGAGAGCCUGCUGGGGGCUGUAUAGGAGGAAGGGGGUGCAUGAGGUGUGUUUGGGGAAGGCAGGUGGAGAGGACCAGAGGUCCCCGGGGAGCCUGCAGCCCACUGCCCUGUGCUGUCAGAACAUGGUGAUGGAGCAGUGCCCGUCCUCGGAGGACAGGAGGGCGGCGGAGACACAGCAGUGGGGGUGCGGCUGGGCGCCUCGCACAGGGAGGCGGAGAGGCUGCAAAGACAAGGCAGCGUGUUCCUACGAGCGGAAACGAGGUCGGGCAGCGUCUUUCUCCGGCUGGUAAACCGCUAUCAUUUCGGAAGGUUUGCACCUCAUUUGGUUUCUGCUUAAGUGAAAUCCACAACAUGUGUUCCCUGCAUUAGUGGAGUGUUUGUACUUAAUUAGUGGCAAAUUCUUUCAUAUUAAAGUCAUUAAGUUUUGCCGUUUGCUCUUCUCACCCCGGGUCUGGCUCUCUCCUUUUCCCUUUUAAUGCAGGCGGCCUAUUGCCGGUCGUUGGGCCGCAGGAGGCGCGGUGCAGGCACCUCCCCUCCCUGUGGCACUAGGACCCUACGACCUCAGCCCCCGUGCCCAUCCAUCCCUGGGCUGGCAUGUGUCGCUCCUAGCCCUCCGGUCCCCGGGCCAGGCCCCUCCGUGUGGGCCGGCAGCUCUCUCUCCUGCCUCUGGGGCUCCUCCUAGGGCUUGACUGUCCCCAGCCGACCGGGCUUCGGGGUGUGGGCCGGGGCACCGCUGCUGGCCGGGCAAGGAGCGACCGUGGAGCUCAGGAGGCCGCCCUCGCACAUCCGGGGGUUAGAUGGGAUGGGGUGGAGACUGCCCCGUGAGCCCCCUCCCCUCACAGACACAGGAAGGCCUCGGUCUCAGUGGUCCCUCGGGCUGGCGCGCAUGCUCUGCAGCCACAGCACAGUGGGGACACUGGCCCUUGCAGGAGGGCGGGUCGCCCGUGGUCAGAGCCCAAGACAACUUCUCCACCUGCAUCCAAUGCAGCCUAUGAAGCAGCCGCCAGCGGCAGGCCCCACACCUAUUUCACUUUUAGGUUAGAUAGAACAUUCCCGGGCAAGGCAGGAAGGGCCGGGUCUUCCACGCUGCCCUUCACAAGACCUUGAAGCAGCCCCGACCUGGACUCCUGGGACUCCCCCCGCAGACUCUCCAGGCGGCGCUGGGAUGGGGGCUCGGGGCCUGGACUCAGGAGGUCCGAGAUGGGGCAGGAGCCCUCCCCUGCUCAGUGCCCCCUCUUCCAUGAAGCCCCUCCCGCAGCAUCUCUAGUUGCCACAACCUGGUCCCAGCCCUGCUGUCUUCAUCCCCCAGAAAGCCUUCCUUGCUGCCCUCUGAGCUCUGCUCCCGGCUCUGGGCUUUCUCUGCACUCCAGGCGGCGGCAUUCAACCUCUUUACUGGGCACGGUCCGGGGAGCCCACAAGGGGACCAAAACUGGCAAAGGCUCGGGGUCUGUCACGUUUCCUCUUUGACCUUCUACAGUUAGUGACACCCCAGAAGCCUCACCUAUGGGGUCUCCAGCAUGGGGCUGGAGGUGGGCCGGGGGAGGCAAAUCCUUUGUGCUUGAGCUCCCUGGGCGGAUGGGUGAACCCAAGCCCUGCAGAUGAGAGCAUCUCCCAAUGUCUCAGAAAUUCAGGUUACAUCUGGGUGGCCUCCCGGGGGGGCCUGGGGUGCAGUGGAUCACAACAGAGGCGAGCGGGAGCUUAGGGAAAAGGGAAGGGGGAGUCUUGCCAGGGCCCUUCCAUCAUCUUCAGAACCCGCCUCUUUUUCACACCCCUACACUCCGCCCGCUCUGGCUCGGCUGCCACCUCUGCUCCGAUUCUCUCCGCAGGCCAAGGCUCAAGCGGACAUUUUUCUUCCAAAUAGAAGCCACAAGGUGUUGAACUCCUCAAACCCCUCCAGCCUCUUGGAUAGCACCAGCUUUAGCUGUAACACCCCCAGCUCUCUGUAUCGACCCCAGUGUUAACCCCAAGAAGCAUCCUCCCCAACCACAGUGUAAACCCCAACAUAAGCCUCAGUCCGAUCUCAAUGUCAAUGCCAACCUAGACCACAAGACCGGGGUUAUGACUCUACUCCCAUGCUAACCUCUUUCUGGUUUUAACCACAGAAAGCAGAACCUUCCAUUGUUUCUGUCCUAAUCUCCUAAUCUGCCUCAGCUCCAUGGCACCCCAGGAGGAAGCAGUUUUUUUUUUUUUUGUUCUACCUGACAGUCCUCCCCCUUGGGGUGGCCACAGGAAGAGGGGUCUCCAAAGGAUCCUGACAUCAUGUUGCAGGGUGUGGCUGGCUCCCCUGUGUGUGUGGGAGGGUCCUCUCACAGGGGCACCAGGCUUCCCACGCCGUCCUGCGCUCCCCGCCGUGCCUCCCACGGCAGGGCCUUGUGGACAUAUGCAGUCCCUGGAAAGUCUGCCCUGGGCUGUGCCUUUGCCUGGCGCCCAGGAGGCUGAAAGGGGAUGGUGGGCAGGCCCACGCUUUGUAGCUUGUCCUGCUGCUAAUUUCAGCUUCAGCUCUUACUAGCAGUAGGACCCACAAACAAGUCCCACAACCUUCUCGAAACCCAGCCUUCCCACCCAUAAAAUGGGCCUAAGGCGAGGCCACCUCAUUUGGUUGGGGUGAGGAGGGAGGGAGGGCAUCUAUAUAAAAUGACUUCCGUGGUCCUGGGGUCUUUGGGGACAUGUCCUGCCUGGCCUCACUGUUCCCAGCCUCAGGCUGUCACCUUGCCUUCCCUCCUCCCUUCUCUCCUUUCUCAGCACUGAAAUCAUCACCCUCUUCUUGGCAAAAUGCUGAGGGGCGCAGGUCCCUGCCCUUGCCACAGCCUGUCUUCCUGCUCCACAGGGCAGGGGCGCAGUGGCUGAGCGGACCUAAGAGGCAAGAAGGGGAAACCCCAAGUCCUGACCAUUCCUCCCAGCCCUGCCCACUCUCCCCCAGCUCCCUUGCCACCAGGAGUGUCCGAGUUUUGAGGAAGGGGGGGUGUUUUCUCCUACUAUCUUCCCCUCCUCCCUGCCAUCCCUUUACCCAACACCAAUCUAUCAGGAGCCACACCCAGACCUGCUUCCAGCUCAGACUUGUUGGGGUUUCAGAGACUUGUUGGGGUUUCAGGAGUCACUGGGUAGGGGCCUGGCAUGCCAGGACCUGCUUCCCGUCCUGCCUUGCAGAGAGCGCGCGCACGUAGGCAGCGGGGCACGGCGCCCAGCUGCAGGGAUGCAGCCCAGCCUCCCCGGCCACCUGCUCCCCCACCCCCCUCUCCUUCCCAUUCUCAUGCCCUGGUGGCCCUGCCCACCGCACUGCUCACAAUGGUCCCUGAAAGCUGGGGAGCGGCUGGUGGCAGAGGUGUGGGGGUUCCACUGUCUGAGAAGGGUGUUGCCUGCCUCAAGAUUGGGUCUACCCGCUUAGCAGCAGAAGCUGGGCGUCCCACGCGCUCCCCUCCCUCCCUAGAGGAGAAAGGACAGAAGGAUGAUCUUCGACAGACCUUUGCCAACGGAUGGCAAGAACAGUAAACACAUGUGUAUAACUUAGGUGUUCCUGAAUGUUUACUUAUAUUAACUCACUUAAUCCUCACAACAACUCCGGGAUCUGGGUCGCAUUACUGUCUCCAUUUCAGGGAUGAGGAAACAGAGAGGUAAAGUCACCUGCCUAAUUCGCACAGUCUAUGAAGCCGAUUCACCAUGCGCAGCCUCCGUGAGGCUCUGUUCAGGGUGAGGCUAUGCUCCUCACCACCACAUGGGCUGCCCAGGGCCCCCCUUUCUCCCCUACCUGGGAGAUGAGCGGCCAGCACACCCUUACCAAGCCCCAGAAUCACAGGUAAAGGUGAGACUCGAUACAUGGGACCCUUGCCUGUCGGCAGCCAAGGUAAUGGGUUGGAUUGGGUUCUUUUUUGGGAGGGCAGACGCCAUCCCCUCACCCUGGCUCCAGGUGAGGCUGAGACCUCCAUCCCUAUACCUGUCAGGAUGACAGGGCUGGCUGGGACCAGGGCAUUCCCAGCCAAUGGGAUGUUAUUGGGCAUCUCAAACGCAUCAAGCCUCCAUUCUUCCCUUGUUCCCUUUGCCUCCCGAUCCAGUUUACAAACCCCUAGUCUGAACUCUGCCAAUCUCCGGCUGUGGAUCUUCCUUCCUCUUUCUGUUGCUGGGAUUCUCCAACUAAGAGAUGCUGGUGCUCACAUCGACCCCAUUGCCUCUGGGGCCCUGGGGCCUGGGAGGGCCAGGUAUGCCAAAGCUCCAGAAAUGCAAAUAAUGGCUACCACCACUAAGCACCUAUGGUGUGUCAGUCAUUUACAUAGAUAACCAGCCCACGGUUUUUACAACCAUCCCAUGAGGGGAGUCCCCUCAGCUCCAGGGCCAAAGAGGAGAGGGACUGCCAACCUCUGUCUUUUCCCCAAACUCCAGAAAUGGAUGGUUAUUCUCAUUUUUCAUCCCUGCCCUGUACCCCCAGCCCAGCCCCCACCCCUGCUCUGGGUUAUUAGCUACCUUGAAGCCCAGGAAGUGGGCAGCAGGUGCUAAUGAAAAAUCUAAGGAGACUCUUCACACCCCUCCCUGAGCAGGGGACUGGAGGCCUGGAGGGGGGGUACUUUGGGGCCCACUCAGUGCCUAAGAUGUACAGAGAACUCCCAGCCACCUCUGCUGGCGGGCUUCCCACCAGAGGCUGCCGGGAUAGCAUGUCAAAUUAGCUUAAUGAGCGAGGCCCCAGCUUUAAUUGGGGCCCUCUGCUUUGCUGUGCUGUCUCCUGCUUUCAUUUUUAAUGCUGGGAAACGGUGGGUUUUCUUCCUCACGCCUAUGCAUUUUCACCCUGGCUAAUGGCUCCUCGCUCAGAAAGGCCCCUACAAUGCUAAUUGGGUUUAAUUCCCAGGGUAAUUAAUGAUUCUAUUGGAAAACUGAAAUAUUGUGGGUGAAUUCUGUGUAUAAAUAGAUAGGGAAGUCAAAGGGACAGAGAAGUCAGGAGGAGACCUUGGGAGAGACCGUGGUUGGAGGCAAGGCGAGCCUGAGAAUCUCAGCUGCUGGAUCCCUUAGAUGGUGACCAUCUGGCCCAAGAGCUCCCCGUUUAUAGACGAGGGAACAGAGGUGCAGAGAAAAGUAGAGCAGGGACGCCUGGGUGGUUCAGUGGUUGAGCGUCAGCCUUCGGCUCAGGUCGUGAUCCCGGGGUCCUAGGAUUGAACCCCCAUGUUGGGCUCCCCACAGGGAGCCUGCUUCUCCCUCUGCGUCUCUGCCUCUCUGUGUGUCUCUCAUGAAUAAAUAAAGAAAAUCUUUAAAAAAAAAAAAAGCAGAGCAACUGCAGGUGGCCAAGAAGUUGGUAGGGAUGGGGCAGGAGCUCGGCCCAGAAGAACAGGGGUGGGAGCGUGUGACUUCAGCCUUCGAUGGUUCAAUAAUGUGAUAAUGGACGUGAGCGCACCUGGGAAACAGCUAUCAGCCAGAUGCCAGCCGUAGAAAUGUACUGUGGUUGUUUCUCUUGUUGUAGUUACAAAGGCCUUGCCUCUGGGUCAGUAGAUAAGCAAAUAGCUCAUCAAGCCAGGAGGCAGCCAGGUGUAGAAAGGCAAAGGGGUGGGUGGGUGGUGGAAGGCCCUGGAAGGCCACGGCCUCUAGCCCACCUCUGGCUCUAAAUCUUUCUCCUCUCUUGUCCUAAGGGAAAGAGCUGGAUGGGGCAUCUCUUGAGGUACCAUCUGUAUGGUACCUGCCUGGCCCGUACCCACGAACCUGAUGGGGAGGAGGGAGAGAUGGAGGAGAUAUCUGCCCCUUGAACUUCACGGUGACCUGGAGGUUUGGCACCAGUCUGGGGAGGGAGGAGACGGGGUUGGAACAGGAGAUGAGAAGUGGGUGGGAGAGGACUGGCUGCUGGGCUGUAGGGUGGGUCCGCAUGCCCCACGGCCUCGAGGCCGCCUCCGCGUCGAGGGCCCUGAAUCCAGCCUGUCGGUCUGCCAACUGGGCACCUCACCCUCCCCGUGCCCCACUGAGCUCUUCUCCUUCCAGCUCCUCCCUCACCCCCCUUCUCUCCCUGGGCUGCACUGCAUCAGUCACCUCUUUCCAUCUCGUGGCCUCCCUCCUCUGAGUUUCCAGAACCUAGCCUUGGCCUCCCCAUUCUUACAGCCUCUUGCCUGGGAGGUUAGGCCCGUAUCAGGUCCCAUCUGGAAUCCUGGCACCAAGUACACCAAGAAGGGUGAGUUUUUCAUGAGCACUCACAAUCUAGGCGGUAUUGUGAGGCAGCAACUCUCCUUUCAUUCUCAUAAAAAUCCUCCUCCAGGAGACAGGUCUCACUGGUGCUGCUGGGAAACAGAGCCAGACCUGGCCAAGGGUCUGUCCGUGCUGCUGAGUGGGUCUGAGCACGAACCUGAUCCUGUCACACAUCUGAGCUAUUCAUCAACCUUCACCAUGGGUCCCUGUCUGUGUCCCCAGCUUCCUCUCCUGUCCCUCCUAGGUCCCCGCCCUCCACACCAGCCACUGAGGGCAACUCCCACCCACACGGCCACCAGCUCUGUGCUCGGGGUCCCAGAACACCAGCUCUCGGGGGUGCGGGUGAGGGGAUCUGCAGAACACACUAUCUCUGAAGCCCCAGCGCCCCGCACGGGGUAGGACCUCAACCCAUGUUUGCUCAGCGACCUGCGAGCCAGGCUGCAGUCAAAUCUCAGACAGCACACUCGGGGGGGAUGGGACGUGGGGCUCUGUCAACUUCUCCAGUCAUUCAGAUUCUUUAAUCAAGACUUCUCAGGAAGCUGAGGAUCAAAGGAGGAGCAGACUCCCUGGAGAAUGCCAUGACUCUGUGCAAAGGAGGGCUUCUCUGUUAAGAGAAAUGCUGAGAGGCCCCACGUGUGGAAGGAGCAUCCAGCUCCACUUCCCCCCAGUGGGGAAGGCGGGAGGCCCCCUCCUCAGCUUUCCAGUGUGGCCAGCUGGGGCUAAUCCCAUCGCUCGGCUCUCCCAGCCCCCUUUAACCUGAUGAUCCUCGAUUCUGGAAUGAUUUAAGGAAGGGGCUACCCAUUUUGUAGAUGUAGAAAGGAGACCCAGAACAGUGAGGUGACUUGAGACUAUGCAAUCUACUAACUGAAAAGCCAAGGACAGAAUCCAAGUCUCUUGCCCCUUCUUUUCCUUUCCUGGCUCCAAAGGGUUGAGGAAGACAGAGUAGAAGCUGCCCCUGGCUGAGGGAAGGCUUCUGGGUAGGAGUCUUUGGAGGGUAGGUCGGUGUCCCAUGUCUAGUGCUCAGGGACCAGGCUGGCCUAGAAGAAGGUGAAAUGGGCACCCUCCCCACCCCACCCUCAGCAGCCCCAGGCUGGGUCCCUGGGUGGGUAUAAUCAGGAGGUGCUCUGGAGUUCACCCCAGCCUGCUCCCUGGGAAGAGGGUAGAGGAGGGAGGGAACCCUAAAGAAGCAGGUCAAAGCAAAUCCUCUCCACAUGUCCCACCCCCACUGAGGGUGGGCAGAGCCGGAGCCUGUAGGACCAGAACCCAGGCAUCCUGUCCUGACACGUACCAGGGAACAGCCUGACUGGGAAGUGAGUC